AUGGAGAUGGAGAAAUACAAGCCAGCAAUGACGUUAGUGCUGCUGCAGUUUACAGCGGCAGGAGUUGCACUCUUCACCAAAGCUGCUUUCAUGGAAGGACUCAGUCCUGCCGUUUUCGUCGUUUACCGUCAAGCCAUUGCUACGCUCUUCAUCUGUCCCAUCUCUUUCUUCUUUUCUCGGAGGAAAGCAAGCAAACCUUCUCUGGGAGUAAGAGGCCUUUGGUGGGUGGCUUUCACAGCUAUUCUUGGUGGGACUGUGAAUCAGAACGCUUAUUUUGCAGGGAUUGACUUGUCUUCUUCAUCCAUGGCUUCUGGCACGACCAAUCUUGUUCCUGCCGCCACCUUCAUCAUCUCCAUCAUUGUUGGGUGA